AGUGUUAUCUUUUCCUCUCUCUCUCUCUCUCUCUCUCUCUCUCCCCACUGAAACCGCAUUUAUAUCACACAAAUCUCUCUCCUAACCUCUUCCUAAAUUUUCUCAGCUUAUCACCUUCACUUUUGCUUCCAGCACAGCACUGCUUCUUUCUCCGUCUUCCAUAUUCUCUCCUCCUCACACUCGUCUCUCGGGGGCUGCACUUCAUCUCUCAAAGUUCUCGGCAAGUUUCUCUCAUUUAUUGUUCAUGUAUUUGUUGUUUUUAUGAGGCUGCUCGUUUAUGAAGGUUGUUGACCGCUGCUGAUCAACUCCAAUUCAGCAACUUUCUUGUAAUGAAAUAAAGGGAUGAUUUUUUUUAUGGAGUUUGAGGUGAUCACUGGGUGAUUAGACGGCUUUGGACAUGUGGGCAGCCCUUAUUUGGACUUAUGGGUACUGUUUUUGGAAUGUUCGCGGUUCAAGAGGGGUAAAUCGGAUAAUGAUUAUCUGGGUUUAAUCUCUUUGGACGAUUCAGCUGCGAAUUUGUUUGUGGUUUAAAGUUUCAUCCUUUUUUAUACUGGAUUCUUGUUUAAUUGAAUUGGAAUCUUUGCACUUUGCCUUUUUGGGGGAUUUUUGAGUUGAUGAAUGGAUGCUAAAUUUGGAGGCAAGCCUCAUCAUGUAUAUGGUCCAAUGGUAUCUGAUUUGAAAUCAGUUGAAAAGAAGAGUGUAGAAUGGGAUUUGAAUGACUGGAAAUGGGACGGCGAUCUUUUUACAGCUACUCCAUUAAAUUCCGUGCCAUUAGAUUGUAGGAGUAGGCAGUUGUUUCCUGUUGGGCCUGAAACUCCGGCAAAUGCAGGUUCAUCACAUACUUCAUCUUCUUGUUCAGAACAUAACAAUCCAGGCAAUGAGAAAGGAAAGAGGGAAGUGGAGAAAAGGAGGAGGGUUGUAGUUGGUGAGGAUGAGGAGGUAAAUGCUGACUCUGCUUCUCUUAAUCUAAAGCUUGGAGGGCAAAUUUAUCCUAUCAUGGAUGACGAUGCAAAGUGUGGGAAGAAGACCAAGGUUACUGGCGCUGCUUCUAGUCGUGCAGUGUGUCAAGUGGAGGACUGUAGGGCUGAUCUUAGCAAUGCCAAGGAUUAUCAUCGACGGCAUAAAGUUUGUGAUAUGCAUUCUAAGGCCGGUAAAGCACUGGUGGGUAAUGUUAUGCAGCGGUUCUGUCAACAGUGUAGCAGGUUUCAUGUUCUUCAAGAGUUUGAUGAAGGGAAGCGGAGCUGUCGUAGACGUUUGGCUGGCCACAACAGACGCCGGAGGAAGACACAUCCUGAUAAUGUAGCUACUGCAGGUUCGCUGAAUGAUGAAAGGAGUAGUAGUUAUUUGUUGAUUAGUCUUCUGAGGAUUCUCUCUAAUAUGCAUUCUAACAGCUCUGAUCAAACUAAGGAUCGAGAUCUGCUUUCUCAUCUGUUGAGGAGUCUGGCCAGUCUAGGUGGUUCAAUUGAUGGAAGGAACAUAUCUGGAUUACUUCAAGGUUCUCAAGGUGUAUUGAAUGCUGCAAGGUCUGUUGGGAAUCUUGAAAAAGUGACUGAUGUGGUUUCUAAUGGUAGUGAACAUGCUAGGCCCUCUGGUUCAGGCUCUAAAAUAGAUGACCCUGCUAAUAUCCCUGAUUGGCAGGGAUCUAUGGGUCAUUGUGGGACUCUACCUGCUGCCAAUGUGGCACAGAGAAGAAGCGCUAACAAUGAUGUUCAGGAUGGAUGUCUGUCUGGUUCUCCAUUUAAAAUGCCGAUUCCAUCAGGAGGCAGCCUUCCAUUCAGAGCAAAUGCUUCAGAGGCUACUGUUGGGAGAUUCAGAAUGAAUAACAUAGACUUGAAUAAUGUUUAUGAUGAUUCCCAAGACUAUGUAGAGAAUUUAGAAAGAUCUCUGGUUCUUAAAAACCCUGUAAAUGAGUCUUUGCAUAGCUCUGUCCGUGUGCCAGAAUCACACAGGUCAAGUCCACCUCAGUUGAGUGGGAACUCAGAUUCAACUUCUAGCCAGUCACCGUCUACUUCCAGUGGAGAGGCUCAGAGUCGCACUGAUCGAAUUGUUUUUAAGCUCUUUGGAAAGGAACCAAAUGGUUUUCCUAUUGCUCUACGCAGACAGAUCCUUGACUGGCUAUCCCACAGUCCUACUGACAUUGAAAGCUACAUAAGACCCGGCUGUGUAAUAUUAACAAUAUAUCUUCGUUUAAGAGAGUCUGCAUGGGAAGAGCUACGCUUUGAUUUGGGUUCCAGUUUGAGAAGGUUGGUUGAUGUGUCCAACGACUCUUUUUGGAAAACAGGAUGGGUGUAUGCUAGGGUUCGGCACUCUAUCGCAUUUAUUUAUAAUGGUCAGGUACUAUUGGACACCCCUUUACCUCUGAAAAGCCAUAAAUGUUGCAGGAUCUCAAGCAUUAAACCAAUUGCUGUGUCUAUAACAGAGAGAGUUCAAUUUAUAGUAAAAGGCUUUAACCUUAAUCGGUCCAGCACAAGGUUACUGUGUGCAAUAGAAGGAAAGUAUCUUGUGCAGGAAACUUGUUACGACUUGAUGCAGGUUAUUGAUCCUGUCAACGGACAGGAUGAACUCCAGUCCCUUUGCUUCCUUUGCUCCAUACCAAAUGUUUCUGGCAGAGGAUUUAUUGAGGUUGAAGACCAUGGACUUAGCAGCACAUUUUUUCCAUUUAUAGUUGCAGAGCAAGAAGUGUGUUCUGAGAUCUGUACUCUGGAGGGUGUGAUAGAGACAGCUGUGCCUACUGUUGACAUCAAUAAAAAUGCUGAGAAAAUGGAAUCCAAGAAUCAAGCACUGGAUUUUAUGCAUGAAAUGGGAUGGCUUCUUCACAGAAAUCACUUGCAUUGGAGGCUGGGUCACUUGAACCCAAAUUCAAAUCUCUUCCCUUUCAGAAGGUUCAAGUGGCUUAUGGAAUUCUCCAUGGACCAUGAGUGGUGUGCCGUAGUGAAGAAACUUCUGGGCAUUCUCUUUGAUGGAACAGUUGAUUUGGGAGACCAUAGUUCUAUUGAGUUUGCCUUGUUGGAUAUGUGUCUGCUGCACAAGGCUGUCCAAAGAAAUUGCAGGCCCAUGGUAGAAUUACUAUUAAGAUAUGUCCCAGAUAAAGUAUUGGAUAAGCCAGGAUCUGAGCAUAAGCCACUGGUGGAUGUAAACUACGAUGGAUUCAUCUUUAAACCUAAUGUUGCCGGGCCUGCUGGGUUGACUCCUCUUCACGUGGCAGCUAGUAACGAAGGCUCUGAGAAUGUCUUAGAUGCUUUAACUGAUGAUCCUGGAUUGGUGGCAAUUGAAGCCUGGAAAAGUGCCCGAGACAGCACAGGUCUGACACCUAAUGAUUAUGCAUGCCUUCGGGGUCACUACUCCUACAUCCACCUGGUUCAGAGAAAAAUCAACAAAAAAUCGGAAUGUGGACAUGUGGUGCUGGAUAUCUCUGGAACCCGGUUAGACUGCAAUUCCCAGCAGAAACUAUCAGAUGGGACCAGAUUGGCAAAAGCAUCCAGUCUGGAGACGGAAAAGAUUAAGAUGAAAGCAAGGCACCAGUGUUGCAGGGCAUGUGAACACAAGCUGACUUAUGGAAACAGCAGAACAGCCCUGGUAUACAGGCCAGCAAUGCUGUCGAUGGUGGCAAUUGCUGCUGUCUGUGUGUGCGUGGCUCUGCUUUUCAAAAGCUCGCCUGAAGUUCUUUAUGUAUUCCGACCAUUCAGGUGGGAAUUGCUGAAAUAUGGGUCUAGCUAAGGUAGUUUCUAGAUUCGGGCUGGAACAAGUUGGCAGUCUUUAUCUUUUAUUCCAGAAGAACCGCGGAACUGUAAGGAUAUAGAUAAGUGGAAAACACACCAUAAAUGUACUUAUGAUAGUUCACUUCAAUUAUAGACAUAUAGGAAAAGUUCCAACUA